CAUUAGUACAAUAUGGACUAAUAGUUCAGGAAGAGAAAUGGGAGCUUCACCUUCAACACCGUCGUCGUCACCGCCGCCGCCGCCUCUGUCUCUGCCGUCGCCCCAGCCACAAUCACAGCCGCUGCCACAGUCACAACCCAAGCCACAGUCACCGCAGUUACGGCCACAAACAGGGUCACAACCCCAGCCACAGUCGCAACCGAAGUUGCAGCCACAGCCAGGGUCACAACCCCAGCCACAAUCACAUGAACCAAUCAGUAGGGAAACAUGGUUGCUGCCUUUUCUAGGUGAGGCAAAAUCCUCCACUAAUAGCACAAAGGCAGUAGAAAAUAUUGCCACAGUUGUAAAACGCAAUGAGACUCAAUCCAUGACGUCCCCAUUGAAACCUUUAAAAGAACUAAAUUUCCCACACAACUAUGAACACAUAUUGAAGGAUGCAGACUCACCAGUUGAUAAAUCUUCCAGGGAAAAGCUCUGUGAUCAACUAUAUGCUGGGGUGUUCUUAGACAAUAAAACCAAGAAAUAUUGGCUAGAAAAGAAGUCAAACAGCAACUGUUUCAUGCUGUAUGCAAGAGCACUCUCAAUCACCUGGGCAGAAGAUCAAAAUUAUUGGAAAUGGGUACUGCAGAAAGAAUCAAGUGGCACAAUGGCAGAGGUGGCUGAACUGAAAAGAGUAUGUUGGCUAGAAGUGCAUGGAAAAUUUGACACUAGAAAGCUUUCACCAGGAAUUCUAUAUGAAGUCUCAUUUAUUGUAAUGUUGAAAGAUGCAGCUCAAGGGUGGGAACUUCCAGUUAAUGUUAGACUUUCCCUUCCUGGAGGAAAGAAACAGCAACACAAGGAAGCUUUAAUUGACAAGUUAAGGAUGCGUUGGAUAGAGGUUCCUGUUGGUGAGUUUGUGGCAUCUGAAAAAGAUGUUGGUGAGAUGGAGAUCUCUAUGUAUGAAUAUGAAGGUGGUAUGUGGAAGCAGGGGCUUGUCAUCAAAGGGGUUGCCAUCAAACCAAAAAACUAGGAAAUAGAUAACUACAAAGUAUAAACUCUAUCUAUGAUGUGUAGAGGAAUCAUAUUCCCAUGCAUGGAGUAAAAAGCAAAUUGCAAUAUUCAUGUCAAAAGACGUAUCAAAAUGGAGAAUUAUAGUUUAGUAUAUGAUCUAAAAUUAUAGAAGGCGAUGCUGCAAAUGUUAUAAUAAUUAUUACUUAAAGGUAAUGUUAGUGUUACAAUUCAAAUAUGGAAUCAUGACUAUCUAAUGUA